AUGCUGGUCGGACCAAAUUUACAUCAAGACAUACUAUUUAUUCUAGAAAAAUGCAGGAGUCUUACUCAACUCAAGCAACUUCAAGGCCAUCUCAUCACCAUUGGCCAUGGACAAACUCAGCUUUAUGCAUUCAAGCUUGUUCGUUUAUGCACCAUCUCUCUCUCCAACCUCAAUUAUGGUCGCUUAAUCUUCAAUUACAUCACUGUCCCUAAUGUUUACCUUUAUACUGCGAUGAUCACUGCAUACACUUCCCUUCCUAAUCAUAAAUCUUCUCUCUUGUUAUACCGCGAAAUGGUUCGUAGUGGCUUGUCAAAGCCCAACCAAUUUGUAUUCCCAAUUAUUCUAAAGUCUUUCCCUGAAGUUACAAAGCCUUAUGGGGUUGGAAUGGCGCAUACCCAUAUCGAGAAGAUGGGUUUUGGGAAAUACCCUGUUGUGCAGACAGCUCUUUUGGAUGCUUAUUCGAGGUUCUCGUCUGAUAUUAGAGUUGCACGCCAGCUGUUUGAUGAAAUAUCUGAGAAGAAUGUGUUUUCAUGGACUGCAAUGAUAGCGGGAUAUACUAGAGUGGGGCGAAUGGGGGAUGCUAUUUUGCUUUUUGAAGAGGUACCUCAGCAUAUAAGAGACACUCCUUCUUGGAAUUCAAUAAUUGCAGGAUGUACACAAAAUGGUUUGUUUAGUGAGGCCAUUUCACUGUUAGGAAGAAUGAUUGUUGAGGAAGGGAUGAUUCAAGGGAAUAAGCCUAAUGAGGUUACAUUUGCAUGUGUACUUGCUGCUUGCGGGCACACUGGGAUGCUUCAGCUCGGAAGAUGUAUUCACGGGUACAUAUAUCGAAAUAAUCUUCAUUUGAAUUCUCUUACAGUAAAUGCUCUCAUUGAUAUGUAUGGAAAGUGUGGUAGCUUGAAAGACGCAAGAAAUCUUUUUGAUAAGGCUAAUAGGGGCAGUUUGACAUGUUGGAAUUCUAUGAUCAAUUGUUUGGCUCUUCAAGGUCAUUGGGAAGGUGCUAUUGCAGUUUUCAAAGAUAUGUUGCGAUAUGGAGAUGAUGUAAAACCUGAUACAGUGACUUUUAUUGGCUUGUUAAGUGCCUGUACUCAUGGAGGAUUGGUGGAAGAGGGGCUUAGUUAUUAUGAUUUGAUGACACGGGUAUAUGGAAUUAACCCUGAAAUUGAGCACUAUGGGUGUUUAAUUGAUCUUCUCGGACGAGCUGGUAGGUUUGAGGAAAUUAUGAAAAUCGUGAGCGAGAUGCACAUAACACCAGAUGCAGUUAUAUGGGGUUCCUUGCUUAAUGGGUGCAAAAUCCAUGGGCGUAUAGACUUGGCAGAAUAUGCACUGGAAAAAUUGAUUAGUAUUGAUCCCAACAAUGGUAGUUAUUACUCUAUGCUUGCUAAUUUAUAUGGGGAGUUGGGAAAGUGGGAUGAAGCUCGAAAGGUAAGGAAGAUCCUAAAUCAGCAGAAUGCUUAUAAAGCACCCGGUUGCAGUUGGAUUGAGCUAGAUAGCCAAGUUCAUCAGUUUUAUUCGGUAGACAAAUCUCAUCCUAGAAUGGAAGAGAUAUACUCAAUUUUGGAAUGUUUCUUUGAUUUGCAUUCACAAUAGCAUGUACCUUCUUGCUGAUUUCCAUCUUCCUAAGAGAUUUAACAUUCCUACAUCCCUCUUAUAACCAAGAUCUGAUUUGUUUUGGAACACCAGUUGCUUCUUGAUCAACGGCUUGCGCUGAUAUGCAGCUUUGGCAUAUGAGCUAGACACUAGCUAGUUCUAGUGCUUCCUUGGUUAAUCUGGAACUGUAAGAAGCAAGAAUUAAGGAAGAUCAUUGAUGGAACACUAAUGUGUUACUCCCACCAAGUCUUUGUUUAUUCUGAGCUUGAAGAUAAUGGUAUUCACUUUCUGCACCAGACAUUCAAAAUAUGGAGUUAUUCUUAGCUACACAUGGAGUUUAGGAGAUUGGGGGCUUUGUGAUGGAGGAAGGAGAUUCAUGGGAGGACCUCAAUAAUGAUGUCUCGGUGAAGAUAUUCCAAUCUUUUGAUGUUCUUGAAUUGUCUGCUGGACUUGCUCAUGUUUGUAAAGCGUGGCGAUUGGCUUGUUGUGAUCAACUUCCGUUGAAGAAGCUGGACUUGUCGGUACUAAAAUCAAACUUUAUAAAAAAUAUUCACUUCUUUGUUGAGAUGUCUCGGUGAAGAUACUCCAAUCUUUUGAUGUUCUUGAAUUGUCUGCUGGACUUGCUCAUGUUUGUAAAGCGUGGCGAUUGGCUUGUUGUGAUCAACUUCCGUUGAAGAAGCUGGACUUGUCGGUACUAAAAUCAAACUUUAUAAAAAAUAUUCACUUCUUUGUUGAGAUGUCUCGGUGAAGAUACUCCAAUCUUUUGAUGUUCUUGAAUUGUCUGCUGGACUUGCUCAUGUUUGUAAAGCGUGGCGAUUGGCUUGUUGUGAUCAACUUCCGUUGAAGAAGCUGGACUUGUCGGUACUAAAAUCAAACUUUAUAAAAAAUAUUCACUUCUUUGUUGAGAUGUCUCGGUGAAGAUACUCCAAUCUUUUGAUGUUCUUGAAUUGUCUGCUGGACUUGCUCAUGUUUGUAAAGCGUGGCGAUUGGCUUGUUGUGAUCAACUUCCGUUGAAGAAGCUGGACUUGUCGGUACUAAAAUCAAACUUUAUAAAAAAUAUUCACUUCUUUGUUGAGAUGUCUCGGUGAAGAUACUCCAAUCUUUUGAUGUUCUUGAAUUGUCUGCUGGACUUGCUCAUGUUUGUAAAGCGUGGCGAUUGGCUUGUUGUGAUCAACUUCCGUUGAAGAAGCUGGACUUGUCGGUGUCCAUGGCUUAAACGCCUUGUUAUGCUUUUUUGGAACAAAAUGAAAAAGCAAACGAUAUGCAGGGCUUUUCAUAUAUGUAAAGAUCUUGAAUCACUAACAAUGCCUAGUAUUGCACAUGUCAUCUAGGAAAUUGCCACGAGUUGCCAGUGAUCUUCUUAGCUCAAGAUUAUGGUGCCCAGUGAUUUGUUGUUUGCAUUUUACAAUAGUAUCACUUCUUCCAAACUUGGAAGUAUUGAGUGUGAGACUGUGAGGUGCACAGUGUUAUCUAAACCUUCUUUGGUUAUUAUUUUGGAGGGGUUAAAAAAGUUGAAAGUGCUCAACUUGCAUAAUCACUGAUGGAGUUUCAAUAUAAAAAGAAGAGUGAAGCUAUUGUGAUGGAAAAAGGAGAUUCUCCUGUAAGGAAAUGGGUGAACCUUGAUAUUAAUAUUUGGGUGAAGAUACUCCAGUCCUUUGACCUUUUCCAGUUGAUAUCUGUAAUUCCUCAAGUUUGUCGUGCAUGGCAAUAGGCUUGUUCUGAUCAACUUCUCUGGAAAACGCUGGACUUAUCGGUAUUGCUAUCAAAUUUCAUCAGAAUCUCAAGGAAGCCUUAUGUAUAUGUCGACAGUCCAUCUCAAAAAAAAUCGAUCCGACUCCUAAAUAUUUGCUUGAACCUCAGUUGUGGAAACAUACAAACCUUGAUCUUCCAUCAUAAUUUGUAUGUUAAAGACAAUCAGUUGACUUUUACUGCCAAGAGGUAUCCACGGCUUAAACGCCUAGUUAUGCCUUCUUGGAACAAAAUAAAAAAGUGAACAGUAUGCAGGGCUAUUCAUAUAUGAGAAGAUCUUGAAUCACAAACGAGGCCUAGUAUAAAAAAUCCUGCAUAUGUCAUUCAAAAAACUUUCUGAGCUCAAGAUAAUAAGCCCAUGUGAUAUGUUGUUUGCAUCUGCACUGGUAUCAUUUCUUCCAAACUUGAAACUGCUCAGCUUGAGGUGCACAGUGUUAUCUAUUUUUUUAAAAAUUAUCUUGGAGGGGUUAAAAAAGUUGAAAGUGUUCAACUUAUCUCAUUGCAUAAUUAUACUGAAGAGUAAAGACCCUCCACUCGCACCGAUGAAAAUUCUGACCAAGCUUGAUGAACUAAUUCUUGAAAAUCAUUCAGGUUAGAGUUCCUAACACUUAUAAGUGACUCAUGCAUCAAGUGUCAGCGCACUCUAAAUGAUGAAGGGAUUAUAAGGUGGUAUAAAUAUGAAGAAGACCUCUGGAAAGCGGAUGAAGUGGGGUCUCUUGCAAUUUGAUAACUCUAAGAACACCUCAUCCACUUUCCAGAGGUCUUCUUCAUACUUAUACCACCUCAUCAGCCCUUCAUCAUUUAUAGUGCGCUGACACUUGAUGCAUGAGUCACUUAGAAGGGUUAGGAAUUUAUCUAACCUGGAUGUCUUUCAAGAAUUGAUUCAUCAAGCUUGGUCAGAAUUUUCAUCGGUGAGGGUGAAGGGUCUUAAGUAAUUAUACAAUGAGAUAUGUUGAGCACUUCCAUCUUUUUUCAACCUCUCCAAGAUGAUAAAAAGAAAUUUAGAUAACACAGUGCACCUCAACCUCAAGCUCCGCAGUUUGAAGCUUGGAAGAUAUGGUACCAAUGCAGAUGCAAACAACAUAUCACAUGGGCCUAUUAUCUUGAGCUCAGAAAGUUUUUUUGCAACUCCUGGCAAUGACAUAUGCAGGAUUUUUUAUGCUAGGCUUCGUAAAAUUAUUCCUCAAGAGGAAAAUGACAUGCUAUGUGAAGAUCACGGUUCAAAUGCUUCUCCAAAGAGUAUCAAGUGACAAUACACACAUGAAAAUUUUGCUGAGUUAAUAGUUUAGAACUCUUUUAAACUACCAUUGUUUUGUGAGUUUCAUACAUAAUUACAUAAAUUGUUUCGAUAUUUAUAGAAUUUUGUGAACCACCAUGAUCUUGCUGUGUUAGGUGAAUUCAUUUUUAAGACUUUUUUCAUUUUCCA